UUCGACGCUGCAAAUAUCGUUGAAGUAGAAGACGAAAGUGUGAGCAGCUGUGUAAUCUGGAGAAAUAUACAGCAUAAAAUCGUGGUUCAUCGUUAAAUAAGCGUUUCAACAUGGGUGAAGUUGGUAAAGGUUUUGAAUAUGUGAAAUCGGCAGCAGGUCUUUUGAAAUUGGCUGAACUGGCAAUUUUAGUGAUCGCUGCUGGUAUCGUUGGCUACUUCUUCAAGGAGGCAGGAGACCAUGAUUAUGACAAGAAAGAUCGUAUUCAGUUUUUCCUCGCGGCUGUAGGAAUAGCGGCCAUAGUCGUCGUUGUUUUCUUUACGAUCUUUCUCACUGGACUUCACAAAAAAGUCAACAUCGUUUGGACGAAAACGGCAACGGGCGUGUUCGUUCUGAUGGGAAUUCUUCUUCUCGUGGCUUCAUCAAUGUUGGCAGAGGCGUACAAGUCGUACAAAGAUGAUAAACAUUGUGAUAUAUGGGAAACAUUCGACUUUAAUUUCCAGUGUAAACAGCUCAUGAUAGGUUUGGUCUUUGGUUUCAUUGCCGCUGUUAUCUUUGUCAUCGAUGCAGUUAUCCACUUCACGAUGUGAUUCCCGUGUGUAGACAUUUCUUCAUGCAUGAUAUCAACGAUUACCUUACGGCUUACGUUAUAUAACACCUUUUUAUAAGGUGUCCUUCGGUGAAAUACCAUUUCACACGGUGAUAUUCAUGGUAUUUCACUACAUUAUAUAACAAACUGUUCGUAAAAAAGAUAUUUUCAUAUAGUUGUUACAAAGUUGUUACAUUUUUACGCGCGUGCCCUGGACCACAGUGAACCGGCGAGUAUGCACGUGUGUUUUGUUGUCAAAAUUGUUUGAAAAUAAAUGUUGACGACAAAA